GAAAAGCCAAAAGCAUCUUCACUUUCAUGUUCCAUUCUCAUUCUAUCAGCUUCCUAUCCACAUGGUGACCGGCUGAUCCGGUUGCCCACUCUCCAUUAUCUUCACCGUCGACCUUCCGAUUCCAUUUUCAUCUCCUUUUUCCACACACCAAAGACAACCACCACGGCCGCCGUCGCCUCUUUCUCACUACAAUUCCUUUAAAUUUCUUCCCGUCGAUCAUGACUUCCCAUUUCUCCUUCCUCCAUUUUCCAAUCUCCACCGCCGCCGGAGCUUCAGUCAAAGCCCUAAUCGGAGCCAACCACACCUCCUCCAGAUUCUGCUCACGCUAAAUCUUCUUCAGUUCAUCACACUGCCUUAUCUUCUCCAAUCCUUUGUUUGUAUUUCCUCUGUACUAGUAGAGCUUAAGUGGGAUAUAUGGGAUCCAUGUCAGGGAAGUUCGCUUCUCUGAGAAACCUUCUGGUCCGAGUGCUUCUCUUCUCUAUUCUUGUGAUUGUCGGUCGAUUCGCCUAUAUUGUGACCAUUGCCGGAGAAUCUUGUAGCAUCGGCGACUUCUGUUUCUUCUCUUUGCCUGAAAAUUUCAAUUUCAUGAUCGCCGGCGGCGGUGGUCGUGCCGGAAGUGCGGCUUUGUUCACGGACAAUGCCGAUCCUCGCGUCAUCGGGCCUCCUCGUCCGGAUCUGUAUUCGAGUGAAGACUGGAUCAAGACCGUCCAGUUUUACUCCUCCGUUUUCCAAGAUCUCAUUACCGAGGGCUACUUAUCCCCCAAUUCGAAAUCGUUGUGCAUUGAAACCCCUGGCGGAGCUGAUGUGUCGGCUUUGAAGGAGAUCGGCGUUUCGGAUUCGGUCGGGAUUUUCAAGAAGGCGUCGAAGCCUCUUGUGAUUAAGGGCGAGGCUCAUCGGAUUCCAUUCGAGGGUAAUACCUUUGACUUCGUGUUCUCCGGCGGAGGUCGAUUGGAUAUUUCCCGUCGGCCGCAUGAUUUUGCUUCGGAGAUUGCUCGGAUACUGAAACCCGAAGGGUUUGCGGUGGUCCAUGUGAGUGCUAAAGAUACGUAUAGUUUCAAUUCAUUUGUUGAUUUAUUCAAUUGCUGCAAGAUACUUAAAUCAAAAGAUAUAGAUAUUGUUCUUCCAUCAAUGCCUUUUACUCGUGAAUAUGUAUUGAAGAAAGAGUAUAGAAUUCUGGAAAAUGGGUUGCAGAAACUGGAUGGAAAUGGAGAUGGAGAUUUUUACAAGAAUUGCUCUGUUCCUGGGUAUAAGCUAGCUUUGGUACGAAAUGCUGAGCCACUGAUAUUGGAGGAGCCAUUGAAGCCAUGGUUAACUUUAAAGAGAAAUAUACAGAACAUCAAGUAUUUGCCAUCAAUGGCCGAAAUUAGCUUCAAAAAUAGGUAUGUCUAUGUGGAUGUUGGAGCUAGAAGUUACGGCUCCAGCAUUGGGAGUUGGUUCAAAAAGCAAUAUCCAAAGCAGAACAAAACCUUUGAAGUUUAUGCCAUUGAAGCUGAUCAAACCUUUCAUGAACAGUAUAAAUCAAAGAAAGGAGUGACAUUGUUGCCUUAUGCUGCUUGGGUGAGGAAUGAGACAUUGGCUUUUGAGAUCAACAAAGACCCAGCUCAGGAGAAGGAAGAUAAAGGAGGCAGCAGAGGGAUGGGCAGGAUUCAACCGGUCCAAUCUUCGAGCAAGUUCGAUGGUGAGGUGAAUCAGAUUCAAGGGUUUGAUUUUGCCAAUUGGUUGAAGAACACAGUAUCAGAAAAGGAUUUCGUGGUGUUGAAGAUGGACGUGGAAGGAACCGAGUUUGAAUUGAUUCCGAGACUCUUUGAGACGGGAGCGAUUUGUUUGAUAGAUGAGAUGUUUCUUGAAUGUCAUUACAAUAGGUGGCAGAGGUGUUGUCCUGGGCAAAGGAGUACAAAGUAUGAGAAAACAUAUUCUCAAUGCAUAGAUUUAUUAGCAUCUCUCAGACAAAGUGGAGUUCUGGUUCACCAAUGGUGGUAAACAACAAAACAUAUAAUACAAUUCUUUUGGAUAACAUUUUUUUCAAAUUGUAUCUCAUUUUACACAACACCCCACCCCACCCCCCCAAGAAAGCUGUUGUUAACUUCAUUAUUGCCAAGCAUCACAUUGUUUUUGUUUUAAGAUUAAGUUGCAAGUGUAAAAGUUGUUCUUAUUUUUAUACAAAAUCCCCCAGUUGGUGUCUUAACGUUCUGUGUGUGUCUUCUUCUGCCAUGUUUUUUUUCUUCAGCUGUAGCCAUGGAAAUGUACCUUGACAAGAUUUGUUCCAUAGGUUAUUCAACUGUAUUAUGGCCUAAUAGGUUAUUCAACUGUAUUAUGGCCUAGUAUCAACAGCUUGGAUUAGUCCAAUUCCAGCCAGAAAUGAUAGUGCUUGGCCUGCA